CCCCGGGCGUUCCAGGUGCGCGGCGCAGCAGGACAACCCUCGAAAGUGAGAGGCGAGGGGCGCACUCUGAGCCGGAUGGGCGACUGGAAAUGCUACAUCAGUGCGGUGCUGCGGGACCAGCGCAUCGACGACGUGGCCAUCGUGGGCCACUCGGACAAUCGCUGCGUGUGGGCAUCGCGGCCCGGUGGCCUGCUGGCGGCCAUCUCACCGCAGGAGGUGGGUGUACUCACGGGGCCGGACCGGCGCACCUUCCUGCAGGCGGGCCUGAGCGUGGCGGGCCGCCGCUGCUGCGUCAUCCGAGACCACCUGCUGGCCGAGGGAGACGGAGUGCUGGACGCGCGCACUAAGGGGCUGGACGGGCGCGCCAUCUGCGUGGGCCACACGCCUCGUGCUCUCCUCGUGCUUAUGGGCCGGCGGGGCGUGCAUGGGGGCAUUCUCAACAAGACGAUGCACGAGCUGAUCCAUGGGCUGCGCUCGCAGGGCACCUAGCAGGACAGCCAGACAGCGCCAAAAUAAAGUCUGACCUGGGCGUGGCAGACUCA